ACACUCCUUCUGAACAUCUGGGGAUUUUUCUCUUCUAUCAGGGUGAUCUACAGAAGAAAAAAAAACCCAAAUCGCCGCAGGAUCCCAGUCUGUGGCCACACUAUUAUCCAGUAUUAUAAGUCUCUAUCUACCACAGACCACAAACAAUGAAACUGCUUCUGUCCUGUAUUCUCCUGACAGUCGGACUGGUCACUGGGUACCGCAGUCGUCUGAAUGACUUCCAGCGCUCUGAGGGCAGAGAACUGGUUCCUACCUCCUGGAACUCAGCACGAGUGUUGCUGUUACAGGGCCUGAACCUGGAGGAGUGUGCCUUACGCUGCGCACAGUCACUGGACUGCAGAGCGUUUAACUAUGAGACACGUCCGACUGUCACCUGUAAGCAUCUGCCCUGGGUGGGUGAUGGCAGCAACGCAGAGGUGAAGAGAAAUGUAAACUGUGACCUUUACGAGAAGAAGGUCUAUGUCAGAAAGUGCAUCGUGGGGAAAGGGGAAGACUACCGAGGGAAGGUUUUCACCACAAACAGCGGCCUCACCUGCCAACAGUGGUGGUCCAAGUUUCCUCAUGAUCACAGGUGGACUCCCACAGCUGCUAAUGGCCUGGAGUUGAACUAUUGCAGGAAUCCAGAUGGGGAUCGAAUAGGUCCCUGGUGCUACACCACGGAUCCUGAGCGACGCUAUGAAAGCUGCAACAUUCCCCAGUGCAAAGAUGAGGUAUGUAUCACAUGUAAUGGAGAGGACUACAGAGGCCAGGUCGACCACACGGUGAGUGGCAGGGAGUGUCAGAGAUGGGACCAGCAGUACCCCCACCAGCACAUCUACCAGCCUGAAAAGUAUCCCGAUAAGAGUUUAGAUGACAACUACUGCCGUAACCCUGACGCCUCUCCGGUGCCCUGGUGUUACACAACAGACCCUGAGGUGGAGAGAGAGAAUUGCGAGAUCAGCAAGUGCACUGAGGUUCGCAUUGAGAAGCGCUCCAGCUUCACCACCAACUGUUUCCGCAGCCGUGGGGAGGAUUACCGUGGUAAAGUCAACGAGACAACAUCGGGUAUCCCCUGCCAGCGGUGGGACGCCCAGUAUCCUCAUGAGCAUCCCUUCUACCCAAACACAUAUGAAUGCAAGGGUUUGGAGGAGAACUACUGUCGUAAUCCAGAUGGGUCGGAGGCUCCCUGGUGCUUCACAUCUGUGCCAGAGAUGAGGACUGCUCUCUGCCUACAGAUCAAACGCUGUGCAGACGACAUAGAAGCAGAGGAUUGCUACCAUGAAAAUGGAAGAAACUACAGAGGAAUGGUCCGAAAAACCCGUAAGGGGAUCACCUGCCAGAAAUGGAACGUUAAUACACCUCACCGCACCAAGAUAAACCCGAGGACCCAUCCUGAGGCCAAUCUGACACAGAACUACUGUCGUAACCCAGAUGGGGACCAGCAUGGACCCUGGUGCUACACCACUGACCCCAAAACUGAGUUCGACUACUGUGCCAUCAAACAGUGUGCUGGAGAGAAAGUGUCCCUGACUGAAUCAGUAGAGCCAGCUGAUUUUAGUGAGUGCGGGAAGAGAGAGGACCGUGCCCAGAGCACGAGGUUGCGUAUCGUGAAUGGGAUUCCUGGAAACUCGCCGUGGACAGUGAGUCUCAGGGACAGGAAAGGAAACCAUUUCUGUGGAGGAUCCCUGGUUAACCCCAGAUGGGUGAUCAGCACCAAGCAGUGUUUCUCCUCUUGCUACGUGGACCUGCCCGGGUACUCGGCCAUGAUGGGGACACUGUUUCGUGAUCCACAAGAAGGAGAGCCCGGUGUACAAACCAUCCCUCUAACUAAGAUCGUCUGCGGGCCCUCAGAGUCUCAGUUGGUCAUGCUACAACUGGAAUACCCUGCCCAGUUUAAUGAGCGUGUCUCUCAGAUCUGCCUCCCUCCUGAGCGCUACAUUGUAGCUGAGAGGACGACCUGUGAGAUCGCAGGAUGGGGUGAGACGAGAGGGACUGGAGAUGAGACUAUCCUUAACGUGGCCCACAUACCAGUUCUUAGUAACAAGGAAUGCAACAAAUACUUCAGAGGUCGUGUUCGUGAGAAUGAGAUGUGCACAAGCUCUUUCCAGGGUGGCGUAGGUGCCUGUGAGAGAGACUAUGGCGGCCCUUUGGCGUGUCAGAACAGGGAAUGCUGGGUACUCGAGGGUGUGAUCAUCCCCAUGAGGCGCUGUGGACAUGCGGGACAGCCCAACAUCUUCAUCCGCGUCUCUGUCUAUGUGGACUGGAUCAAGAAGGUCAUGGAGAUGGCUUAAAGACGGGUACCGCCAUCCAACAAGGGACUGAUCAAAUCCACUUUUAAACUCCUCUGGAGCAGUUAUUCAGUUGACCAUUUACAUUUUUGUUCUUCUCAGAUAUUUCUUUUACAAUUAAAAAAUAUAAAUAAUA